AUGGCAUCUUCAUCUUCCUCUCAUUCUUCGACCCCUAAUAUUGCUACUCUUGUCUCCAUCAAGCUCAAUGAAACCAAUUAUCUUCUAUGGGAAAGCCAAGUUAAACCUUUUCUAAUUGGCCAAAAUCUUUGGCGUUUUGUUGAUGGCUCUCAUCUUUGUCCUGCAGCCACCAUUCCUGAUCCUGCGUCUAAAACUACUGAUGCGACGCCUGCUACUCUCCCCAAUCCUGCCUACGUCUUGUGGUAUCAAACCGAUCAAUCUCUCAUCAUUGUUGGUCUUGACACCUCCCAGGCUAUUUGGGACUCUUUGGCCCGAAAUUUAUCUCAAUACUCUGUUGCCAACUCUGCUCAGUUGAAGAUGCGCCUCAUGUCCAUCACUAAAGGCUCCCAGACUAUCUCUGAAUAUCUCAAUCUUGCCAAAACACUUGCUGAUCAACUUGCUGCCAUUCAAGACCCCGUCUCUCCUACUGACUUGGUUACGUAUGUUCUUCGCGGCUUGGGCCCCGACUAUAGCACUCUUGUCACUGCUACUCUCUUCUUCCCACCUCUUCCUUCCUUCCCGGAUCUUCGCACUCGUCUGCUCUCUUUCGAAGCUCAACAAGCCAUGACCGCUCAAUUGUUCUCGCCUCCUCAACCCUCUGCUUUUGUUGCAUCUCAGCGGCUUCCUAGUUCUCCUCGUGGCUCCACUCCUCGUCGCUCCACCAAUUUUCGGUCUUCUCAUCCGCGUGGGUCCCAAUUUGCUGCCCCUCACCGGCCUCCUACCUAUCGCUCUUCAUCCACCGCUGCCAAUGGUGUUUUGGGUCCUGCCCCAUUCUCUCGUGCGCCUCGUCAAUGUUGGACUUGCCAACAGUUUGGUCAUCUUGCUGCUCAAUGUCCCCAAAAUACGGAUUUGUCGCACACCUUUGCUGGCCUUCAUGUCAAUCACCCCACCGAUUCCACUUGGUACAUGGAUUCCGGCGCCACCAAUCAUAUGACUCAUGCCCCUCCCUCUAUUUCCUCCCGUACUUCUUCUGACCACGUUGUUGUUGGUAAUGGUGCCUCUCUUCCUGUUACUCAAUCCGGUAACCUAUCCUUCUCUUCUGGUAAUUAUGUUUUCCGUCUCUCUGACGUUCUUCAUGUUCCUUCCCUCUCUAAAAAUCUUAUGUCUGUUGCUCAACUCACUCGAGAUCUUCUUGGCCAAUGUAAAGAUGGUCUAUAUCCUGUCCUUCCAUAUCUUGUUUCAUCUCUUGGGUCCCAGCAUGCUCUCGUCUCCACUGUCAAUUCCUCUUCCGUCUGGCAUCGUCGUCUCGGACAUCCUUCUGAUCGUGUUCUUGGCACUCUUGUCACUCAAUCAUUAUUAGGAUCUCGUUUUUCUUUGAAAUCAAAUAACCUGUGUUGCUUCAUCCGAUACGUAUUCAAUAAAUUCUUCAUCCGACAUGGAGGUGCCGGCUGCUGUGAGGGGGUCUAA